UCGAAGCGAGACACCGACACGACGUACGCGGCGUAUACUUUCGUCCCGCGUUUAUCGAAAACGCGACAUUUAAAACUCGUCAGAUGAUUUUUUCGUCUUUUACGUCAUUCUCGUCUCACGUGGAAAAUCGCUGUCUGUAGUUUUCGCGGCCAAGCGUCGGUUGCUUCGGAGAACGUGCCGAGAACGUGCCGGCUGCUGAUGUGGAAGUGCGCGUAACAGGUCCUUGCGAUAAUAUCCUUUCGAUUGGUGACCGGCAACCGGCCUCUGCGAGCAACUUUUUGACGUUGCACUUCAACCAGAUAACAAAAUAGAAAGAAAUCAACGAAUUAAAAAAAAAAAAAACAAAAAAAAAAUUAGUCGAGCUUGAAGGUUUCCAGCGCCUUUUGAUAAAGCAUUAGCGAUUGAUAAAAAAAACAUACGCAAAUGCGAAUUCGCGCGCGUGUUUCAAAGAACGUGCAAACGCAUCUUGAUCUGUGAAAAAAAAAAAAAUCUGCAAGAGUCGUAAAAGGGGCCGGGUAUAUCACAUACUCCUUUCCGGCCUCUUUUCUUUCCAUUCAGGCGCGUCGCAUUCAUUUGCCGACAGCGGCAGCAGCCGGUACGCGCGCGCGGACGCGCGCACACACACACGCACGUACAUAUACCACCGUUGCAUACGCACAUACGAUCAGAAUACGUGUACAUCUCGAAGAAGAAAGCGCGUCGGGGUUCGCGUUUUUUCUCGGAAUAUUAUACUAUCCGAGAGGAAGGCUGUAACAGCACGGUUGCUGCGAUACACAAAUUCCUCUUGUUAUUUGGGAAGAGCAAUUUGAGAUAAGAACCGACGCCGAGAUGACGUGACAUUAACAGAAAGGAAUGCCGGAGCGGAUUAGUUCAUCUUCUUUCGGUUGUUGGAAGUCGUCGACGAGCGUCGCGGGAUGUACCGACACGACGUCGUGAAGACGGGUUUGAUGAACGGUUCGCGAUCGACCGGGCUGCUCUGACGAUCGGCACGAUCACGGCCAAUUCGUCCCUCCGUAUUUCUUAUUCGGUCCUUAGAUCGAAGAGGAAAACGCGGUUGAACGGAGAAACACGCGGAGAUUAGCUAGCGGGAACUGGCGAACAAUGCAGAACUGCGGCGGCAAGUCGUCAAGAUGCGCGAAACGCGCCUUCCUCUUCGUCUUCGUCUGGGGCCUGCUGAUGAUCGCGGCCGUGCAGUUCCGUCACCUGGAGAACAGAACGCUGCACGGCGGUCCCACAGCCGAGGACGCCGUCGGCAAUCUGGAGAUUGAGCGAGGUCACGGCUCGUCAGGUAAUCUGGGUCUGUCUCGGUAUCUUUUGCAGAGGUCGUCGCUAGGUGAUCUGUCCAACACCGGCGGCAACGGCGCCUUUCUCACCACUCUGACCACUCUGAGAAAUCGUCUGGAGACGACUAGGAAUCCGCUCGAGCUGGAGCCACUGCUGGACAAACGACCGGCUAAGACGGAGCAGCAGCUGAUCGAGGAGAUCGUCGAGAGAAUGCCGAGUUUGCCGUUAAGCGACUGGUCGCGAAACAGCAAGCUGACGAAGCGCGGCAACGACAGCUGCGCAAAGUAUCCGCAGAUCUACGAGCUGGAGUUCAACAAUUUCUACUGGCAAACGUUACGCACCAGCAACGGCACGUUUCAGUUUUUUGGCGCGUUCUACGACAAUCGGAAGCUGUCGAAGAUCGGUCCGGCGGUGAGAAUCGUCGGGAUGAUCGAUCGAAUUGAGCCAACCGUGAAGACGUACUGUCAGCUGUGGUACGACAGCGAGAACGAGCCCAGGAUCGUUGAGACGCUCGAGUACAAGUAUAUCUGGUAUCCGAAGUGGGGCAAUUACAAGCAGGGCAUUUAUCAGCCCUACGUGAUAGCGUGCAGAGUGCCGCCGCUCGGCAAACCGCCGUCGUCAGUUUCGCUGGUGGAAAAACGCUGCGACACCGCCACCAACCACCUGCGAGUGAUCUACAACAAGCCCGAGCGCAAAAAAGACUUCGCGGUGUGUGUGAAGGGCUUGGACUUCCUGCACGAGGACUUGUCGGUACGACUGGUCGAGUGGAUUGAGCUGAUCAGCCUGCUCGGCGCCGACAAGAUCUAUUUCUACGAGCUACAGGUGCACCCGAACGUGACCAAGGUGCUGCAGCAUUAUCAGCGUCUGGGUAUGGUGCACGUGACCCCGCUGACGCUGCCGGGCGGGCAGCCGAACGUGCCUGCCUUCCAGCACAUGUACCUAACAAAGAAGACCAACCACAAGCGGCAGAACGAGCUGAUACCCUAUAACGACUGCCUGUACAAGCACAUGUACGAGUACGAGUACAUCGCUCUGCUGGAUGUCGACGAGGUGAUCAUGCCCGUGAAGGACGCGACCUGGCAGGAGCUGAUGCGCCGGGUGCUGCCCAAGGCGUUGCAGAUAAGGAACGAGACUCGCGCCUCGUACAACGUCAGGAAUGUCUACUUCCUCGACGACCUACUGCACUCUCACGGUUACUUCAAGGACAUACCUAAAUAUAUGCACAUGCUGCAACACGUGUAUCGCUCGAAGAACUUCACGAAGCCGAACCAGUACAUCAAGUGCUUCCACAAUCCGGAACGGGUGGUUACUCUGCACAAUCACUUUCCACUUGCGUGUCUGGGCGCCGGGUGCACCAGCUACCCCAUUGAUACCGAAGACGCGCAGCUGCAACACUAUCGCGCCGACUGCGUUCGCUCGCUGAAGAAGACCUGCGUGGAAUACCGCGAGAACAGCGUGGUGGACACGACGAUAUGGCGGUACAGAGACAAACUGAUCAGGCGGGUCACUGACACCCUCAAGACGCUCGGCUUCUUCGACCGGAGAUAGCGUCCCGCAAGAUCGAUCUCGUCUCCUUUUCCUUUACUCGUUUUUGCCCCCUCACGGGGGAGGGGAAGGGUUUGAUCGGUCUUCGCGCGCGGUAAAGACAAAAAAGGGAAUGUGCACGUGAGACGGGACACGGUGUAUCUAUCAGCGGGAGGUAAUUGCCAAUGGGGAACUUGCUCGGAGAUUUAAUCGAGAAGGUAAUCGAGCUAGGUGUAACCGGUAAAAUGGAUUCAUUUCUAGUGACAGCAUAAUAUCGCGUUCGGAUCAUUUGUAAAGAGGAUAUACGUUUUGUCUUUAUUUCUCUUGAAGAUUAUCGUUCGAUAAAAAGCGCGCCAUUUGUAUCUUGAAAUACGCAAAUGGAGGAGAUUAGUUUCCGUGUGUAUCGAACGGUCUUUAUUUUUAAGCAAAAUGGGACGUGCAAAACAUAUCGCCAGAUCGAAUCUUCCUUUUUACGAUUAUACUCUUUAUCGAGGUUUAAUAUAAGUUUUCCGGAUAUUAUGUAUCCGGGCAAAUCCGUAGUCACGAGAGCAAUUUACACGGAAAAUCAUUACGCUCGAUUUAUGUGAGUCCUAUUAAUACAGUAGUUUUCGGGUGCUCGUUAAAUCCGCGCGAAAUGAGUUGUCUCUUCGACUGUAAUUGCGGUUCAAUUUGUAUCGACAAUUAGCCGAGAGACGAGGGGGAAGGGGGGCAAUGAUGUUCGUCGAUUCAAACCGAUCGCAAGCAAAUAGAUUUAUCGUUCGCGAGAGAAAAACUUGCAGUAUUCCUUUCUUCUUCAUUUCUUGUUCUGUAAAUAAUUUAUAUUUCUUUAGUCUCUCACACAUGCUCAAUAUAACUGAAUACAGAGUCCGCGAUCGAUCGACAUAGCCAUAGUAAUAGCACGGCGAUGAAGUAUAACGGAUUGACAAACACAUAUUGUUGGAAAUAUCAUUUAUAAAUAUAACAAAAAAUUGAUAAUCUCAAGUAAAAUUUUAAUACAAAUUAAAAUAAUAUUCAAAUUUUAAUAAAAAGCUUUCAAACUUUUAAUAAAAAAAAAGUUACAUAAGAAGUGUUGCAUAUCAAAAAAACGUAUGAAGUAAGAAACAGAAGAAAAACGAAAUUAAAUGUGAAAACAGAGAAUAUAAAAACUUUUAUGAAAAAAUUCUAUUAAAACAAUGAGUUAUUUACGUUAAGCCUGUUUCUCUUAUGUAAAAAAUAUACAUUUACAUAUGAUUAUAUAAUUAGACUUAAUCAAUCUUCUUUUUUUCUUUUCUAUAUGAUUAUUGACAACCAUUUUUUUCGAAAAUGUGAUGAUUCAAGUGGAAUGACCGUUCCGACUGAAACGCUGUGAGAUAUAAAUACUGGUAUUAAUUAAGACUAUACUUUUUAAUCAUUCUUCCGUAAUCACGAAGCGGUCUGUAGAUUUUCGGAACGGAAACCGGAAGUUGAAUUUAUCAUAUGCGAUAAGUGUAAAAAAAGGAUGAGACAAAUGGGAAUACAUUUGUGUACUUCUGUAUAAACUAUAUGUCGUGUUUUUUUUUUAAUAUCUCAAAUAUCUUAUAUUUUUCAUUAUUUAAGAGAGAAAAUGUUUCCAAACAGAUUCUAAUGUUUAUUUCAAUGCACAUAUCAACGACAGAAUAUUGAAAAAAACGUCAUAAUUUAAACUUGGUUCACACGAGGCAUCUAACGCUGCGUUAAGCGCGCGUUUUGUGAAAAAAAAAAAAAAAAA